UGUGUGUGUGUGUGUGUGUGUGUGUGUGUGUGUGUGUGUGUGCUUGUUCACUGACGUCAUCGUAAGAGGGCGGGGCCUGUGACUCCUCUUUGUAUAAAGUCACAGCAGCUCUUUGACGCAGAGCAGCGACUGAUCGCGUCUCGUCAGAGUCUUUCUCAGCUUCGUUUCAAUUUCUCGGACCAGAAUGCGAACUUGCUCCGGUGACACAGAGGCCGAGGGCUUCAGACGCAACUCUCUCCCGGGACACAACACGCUGUUGGCGGGAGGGCGCUGGAUCAACGGCAAAUUCAUGAAGUUGUUCCGAGCUCCAAAAGCUCAGGAGUCCGCCAACGUCACACCGCCCACCGUCGACGGACGACGCUCGCCGAGCAACACGACAGAGGAGGAGGAGGAGCCUCAAACUGGUUCCCCCUCAGUUAUCGCCACGUUUGAUCAGUGCCUUGAAGACCGACUCUUCUCUGAAGCCAGUCAGAACCUGAGAGAGCGGGAGGAGCUUCUAUUCGGGGCGUUGGCGGAGGCCGAGGGCGCUCAACGUCGCGAGGAAGAAGUCAACAGCCUUGCUGAAGACUAUGCCGUCCUGAGACUGCACAUCCUGCAGACUCUGCAGCAGAGUUUGUCAACAGUCAACACCGACGCUCUGACGUCCGCUGUGAAGGCCGUCCACCAGGAGGACAAGCAGGACCAGCUGUGGAAGCAGAGGGAUGGCACUCCACCCGGCUGGAGGCCCGGUGGCUGGAAGGAGUUCCAUGACGAAGCUCUUGGCAGCUUGGUGAAGGACCGCAUGGACAACCCGUCAACGCUCACCGACGGCCAACUGGUGGGGAAAUCGUCCAUCAUGGCCGACAUCUGCAGCAUGGGUAGGCAGCUGCUGGACGACCUGCAGCUGGUGGUGGGCGUGGUCAAGACGUGCUACCCCCCACAGACGGACAUCUGUGGUUUUUACAUCAGGCUGUACCACCAAGCCUUCAGCGCCAGACUCGGAAAGAUCGCAGACUUUGUGCUGGAGGACGAUGACUGCCGUCACCUCCUGUGCUGGGUCAACGAAUAUUACCCCGAGCGAGUUCAGAAGCUGCAUCUGGGCUGUGAGGACUGCACCGUGAUGGGAAAGCUUCUGCCUCAGGAGUUACUGGAGCCUCUGGAGGAGCAGUAUCUGAGCAGUCGACAGGGGGAGCUGAUGACGUACGUCGGCCGCAUUCUGGAGGAAGAAAAGCGAAAGUGGAAUAACGGCGAGGAGCCGGCGAUGGAGGACGGCUGCUACGUCAGUCAUGUGGCCUAUGACAUCAUUCAGUUUAUCUACGGCAUCGUGACGUCAGCUGCUAAAGUGGUGGGAGACGUGCACAAGGCCCAGAGAAUAACAUGCAAACUCAACCCUUUAAUGCAGAGCUUCAAGGUUUUCCAGGACGAGGUCAUGAGGCUGAACAGAGCAAACAGCAGAGCCAUCGUCAAGGCCAACCUCGGCUCUGUCCAACAGUUCAGAGACGUCCUGGAGAAGAACGCUCAUCUGUUCAUGGACGACGUGCGGAGAAACUGUUUGAGCGUUUUGAGCGGGAUGAAAGAAUCGGCUCACGCGUAUUUAUUAUUGCCCGUGCACGACUCGCUCAGGCCACAGUAUCGCAAACUGGGAACCAGUGAGUGGCUGAACAAGGGUGUGUUUGAGAAGCUGCUGCUCAGUGCUCAGGCCGUGGACGAACAACUCCGGGGUUUAAAGGAAUCCUGUCGCCAGGAGUUGCUGUGUCAGUUUCAUCAGGACGUGACGGUAGAAUAUGUGAGGAGGCUCCUGAGAGGAGACGUCAAACUGAAGGACAAGGAGCGGCAGAACGCGGCGUUCGCCGUCGUGAAGAACGACGCCGAGAGUCUGCAUGCAUUGUUCGUCAGAAUGGGCUCAAACCAGGACUGGCUGAAGGAAAUCCUGACCAAGAUUGCUGAAGUGCUGAAACUCCAGGACGUGCCCGCCAUUCAGAUGCAGGUGGCGUCGCUGGGAAGUGCCUUUCCUGACCUCAGUGAAAAACACGUCUCUGCUCUGCUCAAGCUCAAGACGAACAUUUCCAGAGCCGACAGGAAAGUGGUCAAAGAGACGCUGUCGGACACGCUGAGAGAAACGGGCGUCGCCGCGUCUCACUCCUUUUUCUCCAAAGUUCAGGUCAAAUGAGGAUUCGCUCCCUCGGCCAGUUCUCUCCGGGUACUGCAGUGUUCGAGUGUUUGUGUGUGAGUGCGAUGUUUCUGUACGAGUGUUUAAGCUAAAGUUCACACAUGUGGUGCUGUUUGCUGUUUGUGUGCGAGUGUUUUGUGUUUAAAGAAAAAAAGGGAAAUAUUGCCAGUUUUGAAGUCCCAUUUCUCUGCUGGUGCUUAUAUAAAUAUGUAUAUAGAAAUAUUUUUUUAAAUAUGAUAUCCAGCUUGUGUGUUUGCUGCCGCACACGUGCACACAUCGAGGUUCUUAUUUCUUGCACAUGCUUUGUCUCAAAUGUUAUGUUGAAGUUACAAUUAAAUGUGUUAGAAGUUG